AUGUCUACCACACUCCCAUAUCUUCACAAAAAGCCAACUUUCUCUAUGCGGACCAAAAAGAAAUGCCCACAGUGUCAGAUUCAGUACCAAAUCAAGCACACAUGCCCUGGUCGAGGGCACAAGAAGGGCUUCAAUAAGCCGCUGAAAAACCUGAACAGUGACCAGAGCGAUUUGGUGAUGUUGAUCGCGUUUCUUGGCGGCAAGGUCCCAAUUAAGUUACUAGAUCGGCUGAGGACCAGCAAAUUGAUAUGGGGAAAUGGCGGCGAUGUCCAGCUCAAGGCUUAUGGCGACGUGCCUGUGGUUGCAGAUGAAAGCCGCUUUAAGAAAGCCAUCCAAGUCUUGAAAGAGGGUACCAUUCUUUCUACUGCAGAGCCGGGUCUCUUAUCGAUCAAUCCCGAACUUCUUCAACGCAUCAUUACCCAAACAAACCAACAAAACUAUUGGAAGCUGCAAGCUUUGAUGGCUGUAAUGCACGCCUUUCCAGAGCAUCGACAUCUUGAGCCAGCAUUUUACUUUGCCACCGUGAACAGUCUUCUCCCUCUCUUGCAACACGUUUUGACCUACAUUGGUCAGCAAGCUGUUGGCUGCAACCUUGACCUUUCUCAGACUUCUGAGAUUGUCAAUGUUUGCCUGUCCAGCUCCUGUUUUCUCAACAUGGGCUGGAAAGAAAAUGUUCUCGGCGUUGCUGAAGGAUUGUUGACUCUCCAUGGCCAAACUUGCUCGAGAAUCCGAUUGCGAAGGAUGGCGCUAGCACGCAUUUCGAUGAAGCAGGCAGAGACACAGAUCGACCAGGUUCGAGCAUUGAUAACGGAUAACCACCCUCAUGACAAGCGAUCCAAUGCCCAUUUUGCAGAAAUGUUGCUGUUCGAGGCACGUUUGUUGGUCGACCUUGAGCGGCAUUCGGAAGCCCUCUCUGUGUUGAGCACCUUCAAAGUACGGGAUCCUUGGGACAUCUCAAAGUUGGAACAGAUUCAACUCAGCGAAAUGACUUUCCUUCGAGGGCUAAUAGACCGUUAUGAUGGAAACUUCAUAGAGUCUCGGGUUUGUUUCUUGCAGCUUCUUGGGCAGUUACCCUCACCUCCAAAAAUAAUGACCCAGCUCAGCGCAGUAUCUUGCGAGAUUGGCCAAUUUCCGUUCGCCAUAGCCUCUUUGAUUGACGAACUCAGAUCACUAGCGAGAUCUGGUUAUCCCAAAGAUGGCCAGAAUGUCCGUCGCUUGCGACUAUCGCUCGCGGAAGCCUAUCUCAUGAGUGCUGUGAAGUUGGUAGCCAGUCAAUGGGAGGACAUCAAGGAGCACAAGAUCUCCCUCCAAGCUUUGGAGCUGAUUGGUAAAGCAAGAGAGCAGAUUGAAAUCCUGCGCAGGCACUUAGAAAAUGCCGAUAAUCUCCAGAAAGCCGGCAUAAUUAACAGAUUCCGCAUUUCCUUAGUCGCCGCGAUCGCAGAGCAUCUCGCCGGCGACCCUCUUUGUGCCGUUUCACGCUGGAAUGAGGCACUGGAGUUUUCACACACGUCUUGGCCGGACAGCUAUUCAGACAUGAUCAUCGCAUAUUCUAAAGCCGACUUGAUGUACAGGCUUGGGGAGCAGGUUGCAGCUCUUGACUUGGAGCAAUUUGCUUUUAAGCUCCAUUCGAAAACUCGACGCCGGUACCAUUUCACUGGCUUUGGAACAAUUUGGCCUGAAUGCGUGGGGAUCUCGAUGAGAGUGCGUCACGGUAGACUUCCUUUGUAUAACUAUUAA